AUGGCCGGUCGUGUCGCCCUUAGCACAGGCUUGCUGUGCGCUCUCCUCUCCUUCAGCUGUGCUCAGCUACUAGGCGGGUGGGAAACUGCCAACAAAAACAGCAAGAUGGUGAAAGAAAUAGCGGCGUUCAGCGUCUCUCAGUACAACCUGCAAAGUAACGAGCGGUUCCUCAGCAAAAUCAUCUCCGUCCUGGACGCAAAGCAACAGGUGGUUGCUGGGAUGAACUAUGAACUGACCAUAUUAUUGGGAAAUACAGCAUGCAAAAAGGGGAAAAACUACAUGAAUAAACCUUGUCCACUGCUAACAGGCUCAAAGCUUAAGAAAGUUAAGUGCAUUUUCACAGUGUAUGAUAUCCCCUGGGAAAAUGAAAGGACACUUGAAGGAAAGCAGUGUGCACCUAUAUAA